GUACUUGCUCUUCACGAGGGCGGCUGGCAGCUGGGAAAGACAUGCCUUUCUGGCUUCCCUCCUCGAACAUCCUUCUCGGUUUUAGCCUCGCUUCUGCCAGUACCAUAACUGUAUACUUUCUUCUGCGUCGGCUCUUAAAGAAAAACAGUGGCAUACAACGCUACGUUGAUUUUCUGACAUCAAAAGUCAUGUUCGGGUACAGUAUAGGUUUUGGCAGACACAUGGUGCCAGAAUUUGUGAGUGGUACUGUUGGCGAAAAUGGAUUUGUGCCGGACUUUCCGCAAUGCCAGCCACAAGAACCAAACAAGGGCGAAACGACUGCAGAAGAGAGCGAGAUAAGGAAGGAGAUGGCAUCGCCUGCGUCCGACCAGGAGAAACGGAAGCAGAUCAGCGUCCGCGGGAUCGCGCAAGUGGAAAAUGUGACCAACAUCAAGAAGAACUUCAACCGUCACGUACACUACACCCUGGUGAAAGACCGAAAUGUAGCUACACCGAGGGACUACUACUUUGCUCUUGCACACACUGUCCGCGACCACUUGGUUGGAAGAUGGAUUCGCACCCAACAAUACUACUACGAAAAAGAUCCCAAGCGUGUGUACUACUUGUCCCUGGAAUACUACAUGGGCCGCUCCUUGACCAACACCAUGGUGAACUUGGGAAUCCAGAAUGCCUGUGACGAAGCUCUGUACCAAAUGGGCUUAAACAUUGAAGAGUUGGAAGAAAUUGAAGAAGAUGCGGGUCUCGGAAAUGGCGGUCUCGGCCGCUUGGCUGCGUGCUUCUUGGAUUCUAUGGCAACCUUGGGCCUGGCUGCUUAUGGCUAUGGUAUCCGCUAUGAGUACGGCAUCUUCUCGCAGAGGAUCCGCAAUAUGGAACAGGUUGAAGAGCCAGACGACUGGCUGCGUUUCGGCAAUCCCUGGGAAAAGGCACGGCCAGAGUACAUGCAUCCAAUCAAUUUCUAUGGGAGGGUUGAAAAGACUGACAAAGGGUACAAGUGGGUGGACACUCAGAUCGUGUUUGCCAUGCCAUACGACGUCCCCAUACCAGGUUUCCGAAACAACGUCGUGAAUACGAUGCGACUGUGGUCGGCAAAGUCCCCAGUGAACUUCAACCUUAGAUUUUUCAACAAUGGCGACUACAUCCAAGCUGUCCUUGACAGGAACUUGGCAGAAAACAUCUCCAGAGUGCUCUAUCCUAACGAUAACUUCUUUGAAGGCAAAGAACUGCGGUUAAAGCAAGAGUACUUCAUGGUAGCCGCAACCCUUCAUGACAUCCUCCGUCGUUACAAAGCCUCCAAGUUCGGCUCGCAGUUGGAAGUCCGAAAGACCUUUGAGUGUUUCCCAGAUAAGGUGGCCAUCCAGCUGAACGACACCCAUCCAGCCCUCGCCAUCCCAGAGCUGAUUCGGAUUUUCGUGGACAUCGAGGGGCUUUCCUUCGAUAAGGCAGUCGACCUUGUGAUCAAGACCUGCGCCUACACAAAUCAUACGGUGCUUCCUGAGGCCCUAGAACGUUGGCCCGUCGGCAUGUUGGAGUACACGUUGCCACGUCACCUGCAGAUCAUGUACGAGAUCAACUCUAGGUUCCUUGAAAAAGUAGCCAAGAAAUACCCUGGUGAUGUUGACCGCCUCCGAAGGAUGUCCAUAGUUGAGGAAGAGGGUGAGAAGAGAAUUAACAUGGCACACCUUGCCAUAAUUUGCUCGCACAAGAUCAACGGAGUUGCUCGCAUCCACUCCGAAAUUCUCAAGAAGAAAGUGUUCAAGGAUUUCUACGAGAUGUACCCUGACCGUUUCCUGAACAAGACUAACGGCAUUACACCCAGGCGAUGGCUGUUGCUGUGCAAUCCCAACCUGGCCGACCUGAUCGCCGACAAAAUUGGGGAGGAGUGGAUCUCGCACCUGGAACAGCUUCAGAAGCUGAAGCCGUUGGUCAACGACAAGGCUUUCCUCCGCGAAAUUCAGAAGGUCAAGCAGGAAAACAAGCAGCGUCUGGCGGAGUACCUCACUAAGGAGACCGGUGUUAAAGUGAACCCUGCGUCCAUCUACGACAUGCAGGUGAAACGAAUUCACGAGUACAAGCGUCAGCUCCUCAACUGCCUACACAUCAUUGCAAUGUACAACCGCAUCAAGGCAAACCCCACUGCUCCCUUUGUACCACGCACAGUCAUGAUUGGUGGCAAGGCUGCCCCUGGCUACCACAUUGCCAAGCAGAUAAUCAAGCUGAUCUGUCACGUGGCCAAUGUUGUCAACAACGACCCCGUGGUGGGAGACAAGCUCAAGGUCAUCUUCCUCGAGAACUACAGAGUCAGUCUAGCCGAGAAGAUCAUCCCAGCCGCAGACCUGAGUGAACAGAUUUCGACAGCUGGCACCGAAGCAUCUGGCACUGGCAACAUGAAGUUCAUGCUGAAUGGUGCCCUAACUAUCGGGACACUCGAUGGUGCCAACGUGGAGAUGCGUGAAGAGAUGGGUCCCGAGAACAUUUUCAUCUUUGGCAUGAACGAGAACGAAGUGAAUGACCUUGCUGCAAAAGGCUACAAUGCCCUCGACUACUACAACAAGCUUCCAGAAGCCAAGAAGGCGAUAGACCAAGUCAAGGGUGGCUUCUUCAGCCCGCAGGACCCCAACAUGUUUACUGAUCUCACAAACGUCCUGCUUUACCACGACAGGUUCUUCCUGCUGGCUGACUUUGAAUCCUACAUGAAGUGCCAGGAGAGAGUGUCGAACAUGUACACCAACCAGGAGGAAUGGACGAAGAUGGCACUACUCAACAUUGCGUCCUCUGGAAAGUUCUCCAGUGACCGUACCAUCGCUGAGUAUGCGCGAGAGAUCUGGGGCGUAGAGCCCAACUGGGAGAAGCUUCCCGCACCUCAUGAAGCACCUGUGGCCGAACACUCAGAGAAGAAAUGAGUGCCGAAAGUGAAAGUAUGGUCGCCAUGAAAAAAUUUUUAGUCAAUGAAAAUACUUCUCCAACUCCUCCUCUUUCUGUGUUCAUAUGGCAGGGAAUCUUGAGGGCUGAAUGAAACUAAAGGAAUGUGCUAUCGUAAGAUACUCAGUUCCAGACGGUGAUUAUGCUCAUUUAUAUUACAGGUCUGUCCGUAGUUCACGUGUUGUACAUUCUGAAAAAUCCUAUUUUGAAUGUUGCUUUUAAAUGUGAAGAGUUUAGGUAGCAAUAAAAUUGUACCCAAGAUUAAA